AAUGUUGGAUAACUACAAGAUCUUGACUACUCUCAUUUGCAAGAAAGGGACCAACUGAUGCCUACAGCAUAUUCUGUUUGUUGUCUAAUGGAACUACCGUUCUUCUAAAACAUUAUCAUUACAAUUCAACCUUGAGGUUUGUCUCAAUUGCAUAAUAGCCGCAACAAUGGCUACUUAAGGUAACCCCAGGAUUUGUUCGUUAAAAUAUGGCAGUUUCAAAUUUACUUUUCAUUCUCAUUGUCUCAGCCUGUGCCUUCACUUCAAACUCAAGUCAUGAGAGCUUCCAGCAAUGUUUUUCAUCUGAUUUACAGCAUUCUAAUUCAAGUUUGAAAUUAAUCUUCUCUAGGAAUAAGAAUACUUCUGCUUAUUCUUCCCUCUUGCAAUCAUCCAUACGCAACCUAAGAUUCCUGAACUCCUCAGAGCCACUGUUCAUAGUUACUGCAUUUCAUCAAUCCCACGUCCAAGCAGCCAUAAUUUGUUCGAAGAAAUACGGCAUGCAAGUAAGAAUCCGAAGCGGCGGCCAUGACUACGAGGGCCUUUCUUAUGUAUCUUGCGUUCCAUUCAUCAUCAUUGAUCUUGUUAAUCUCCAGUCUAUCAGCAUCGAUAUAGGGAAUGAGAGUGCGUGGGUCGAGUCCGGGGCAACCCUAGGAGAGUUAUAUUACAACAUUGCAAAGAAGAGUAAUGUCUAUGGCUUCCCUGCAGGGAGUUGCCCCACGGUGGGUGUUGGGGGACACUUGAGUGGAGGUGGAUUUGGUACUAUAUUCAGAAAACAUGGCCUUGCUGCUGACAAUGUCGUGGAUGCUAAGAUAGUUGAUGUUAAUGGUAAGCUACUAGACAGAAAAUCCAUGGGAGAAGAUCUCUUUUGGGCCAUCAGAGGAGGGGGAGGGUCGAGCUUCGGCGUCAUUCUCGCCUGGAAAAUUAGGUUGGUUCCCAUACCGCCGGUCGUGACUAUCUUCGGCGUCGAAAAGACCUUAGAACAAGGCGCAAUCAAGCAUCUCCAAAAGUGGCAAACCAUUGCAAAUAAGCUUCCUGAAGAUCUUUUUCUCCAUGCAGUUGUAGGAGUUGCUGAUGCACCUGCAAAAGGCACUGGAAAAACUGUCGGAGUUUUGUUCAACUCUUUGUUUCUUGGGCCGGCUGAAAAACUCCUCCCAUUGAUGCAAGAUAGUUUCCCUGAGUGGGGUUUGGAGCGCAACAACUGCAGUGAAAUGACUUGGAUAGAAUCUGUUCUUUACUUUGCCGGCUUCUCAACCAGGGGACCCUUAGAAGUUUUGCUUGAUAGGCCUCCACUGGUAGAUAUCUUCUUCAAAGCAAAAUCAGACUAUGUGAAGGAACCCAUUUCAGAAACUGGGUUGGAAGGGUUAUGGAAAAGACUAGAGGAAAAAGAGAGCUCCCUCCUUAUCUUAACACCUUAUGGAGGAAAGAUGAGUGAUAUUUCUGAUUCAGAAACCCCUUUCCCACAUAGAAGUGGGAAUUUGUAUGAAAUCCAAUAUUUAGUCACUUGGAGUGCUGACAAAGAAACAGAGGAACACCUGAGGUGGAUGAGAAGGCUUUAUGCCUACAUGACACCCUAUGUUUCAAAGUAUCCACGAGAGGCUUAUUUGAACUAUAAGGAUCUUGACUUGGGGAAAAACAAUAAUGGUAAUACAAGCUAUGCACAAGCAAGUGGUUGGGGUUUGAAGUAUUUCAAGAACAACUUCAAGAGACUUGUUCAUGUAAAGACUGCCAUUGAUCCUGCUAAUUUUUUCAAGAACGAGCAGAGCAUCCCAGUUUUUUCAUCUUAAGGAGAAUGAAUGAAGAGUCCAAGUUUGUCCGUCGUUUGCCAAGUUUGUCCAUCUUAGGCAAACGACCCUUCGCUACGCUCUUCCCCCUUAGUGGGACAUUGCUGAGCCUCCAUUGUGCCCAUGCAAUCAAAAUUGUAUCUCAUUCAACUCGUAACUCCUUGUUUUCAAGACUCUAUGCGAUCUCUGUUCCUCAAGACCUUUUGUCUCCUGGCUUUCCGAACUCCUAGUAGCUCAACCAUGCUUUCAGACCGAGGAGCUAGCGGAGACGUAGAAAAAAAUAAAUGUAAGGGCUGAUAAGUAUCGUUACAUCAGCCCAGUGAAAUUGAGGUGUAAUAUGUAGCAUUGAUCUUUAGUAAAAGCUUAAGAAUGCCCAAGUCAACUGCAA